GAUGGUGAAUCGCGGGAGGCGAGGCAAUAGGAACGGACGACAUUCGCGCAGACUCGGGCGUCUUCGUGCUCUCGCCAGGAUUUCCGUAAAGAGAAAUAAAGAAAGCAAGGUGGCCAAGCGCUCGUGAGCCCCGCGCAAAAAUCAUUAAAACGCGUGCUCGUUUCGCGGCUGCGGCUUUCGUCGUGUUGAUUCUGCCCCGCAAUUUAUUAGCAGGCAACCGCCACCUCCGGUUGCCACCUCCGAUCACCGCGCGCGUCUCUCGUUCACCCGCGCGCGCGUUUUCGCGCGCCGGAAACGCCGCGGAACACUUGAGGGACAUCGCGUAUCCUUACAUGUACAGCCACGGAACUCUCUGGGAAGAUUUGGGCGCAUCUAGCGGGACGCGCAUAGAAUGGACGCGCGACAAGACUCUGGAGCUACUCCGCGAGUACCAACAACGACGUGUCCUCUGGGAUUGGAACGCCCGGGGUUAUCGGGAUCGCGCGAAGCGCAAGCGGGCAAUCCAGGAGCUCGCCGAGAUCUUCCGCUGCAACACCCUCGAAGUUGAAAAGAAGAUUACCAAUCUCAAGUGCCAGUAUUCCCGGGAGGUGCACAAAAUUCAGGAUAGCCGCAACACCGCCACCGGCCCGGACGUAUACGUCUCCAAGUGGUUCGCCUUCAAGGCUAUGCAGUUUCUGCAAUUUGGCACGCGUAGAUAUAGCAAACGGAAGAAGAAAAUCGAGGAAGAAUCGAAACUACAGGAAGAGUACAUUGUGAGUGACAUCGAUCCGGAGAGCAUAACGUUCAUAGACAGCAAUGAAGAGACAAAUGGCUCCGGUACCGGUUCCUUCAACGCUUCGUUGAGUGAGGACGCCGAGGAGUCCUCGUCGUCCAGUCUAAAAGCAAUGGAAUUGUACAAUUGCUCUUUGCCAAGCCAUGACAGUUUGCCGAUCGAUCUCGACGAGGUCGAACGGAUGAAACUUGAGGUCGGCGAAACAGAUGAGAAGGAACGGAGAAAGACGAAGAAGGAAUUUGCCAAGUUCGGUGAAAGUAUCGCCCUGCAGCUCGCUGAGAUUCCCGACUCGUACUCAAGAUCGGUUGCCAAGCUUAGGAUCAAUCAGAUCCUCUUCGAGGCGGAGAUCGGAGUUUACGCGCAAACACGUCGCUAAUGAGCCGGUUGUAACGGAAGAAACCAUUGACACAGGAAGAUAACGCGCGACACUCAUCGUAAUUCGUAGCGUUUCGUUAGCUAACAUCGCUAUAUCGAAUUAUCUUUGCAAUAAACGAGUCGCGACUCGCUCUUGUCUGAGUAGACUUCGAUAUUAAAAGAAAGACGUUAGCUGAAUGAAAAAAAUCAUUCUAUAAGAAAGACUAUAAGAAUAGAGUGUGCCGCGGUGAAAUAACUAUCCAUGUAUCCCAUUUCCGCUUUCACAUAUUCCACGUAUUCUGCUUCCAAGCCUCCAAAAAUUACAAGCUAUAAUUUUUAAAUAGAAAAAGAAAAAAAGAGACAGCGAGAGAUAGAAUUUAAAUUAUUUUAAAUAUUACGCAUCUCUCUUAAAUUCGCACAGAGAAAUCAAAUGUGAUUAUCGCGUAUAACAUAGAAGUCAAUGCGAAUGCUUUUAAUUUUCAUAAUCACAUUGUCGCGGCUAUUUUAUUAUUAAUCGAUUUAAAUGAUUCUAAAGACUGAGUCAAUCAAGAUUUUAUAAUGGCAAUUUUUUUUUAAAUAUUUGGACGAGAUAUGUCGAUAUUAAAUAGAUUGAUUGUUCUCUGAAACUAAGCAACCUUCUAAGUUAAGCACAAGUAUAUACACAAAAUUUCUAUUUUUCUC